AACAGACGAUGCGAAGAGAGAUAUGAAUCAGAUAGUGUCACUGUGUAAAUUUUGAACAGUUAUGUUCCACCCUCAGUGGUGUGCUUUAUAAAGUUUUUCUGAUAGAUUUCUAAUUAAGGUUACUUCACAGCGCAGUGUUUCCUUCAAUAUUCACAUACUUAUCAGAUUCAAGCCUCGAAUAGAUCCUUAUUAGCUGAUAACGAUACCUUUUUGAGUUGAAAUACAACAUGAGCAAAACGAAUAUAGUUUAUGACUGGACGAGGCUUCCUUUUUGUGUCAAGUUCAUCCACAAGUUGUAAAAACCUAGUCCCAAAAUUUUGUAACCAAAUAGUCAGAAAACACAAACUGUCACUUAAAAUCGAGUCCCACUUUUCUAUUUACAAGACAUGAGCGUAAGGAAAUUAAUUAUUUCAUACUAGUCCAUCAUGAACAUAUUGUUUAUUCAAUGAUAUAUUUAGUGUAGGAUGUGGGUACAAUAAGUUAUGCGUUACUUCGAUGGGUGUACUGGGAUUACAACUGGCAACAACGCUAGUGGCUGCAAGUGUUCUAUCAAAAGUUAUUUCUUUUUUCUCAUUUACACAUUUCCUAAUUGCGGGUCUCACGCGGUACGCCGUACCAACAGAUCAACAACUUCUAGAAGCUAGUGGGAACUGUAAAACAAAGAUCAAAGGGAAAAGAAGGAGAAAUGAUCUACUUUCUGGAUCUUCCAAUGGAACAACUUGUCACUCUGAUACUUUCUAUUUUCCCCGCUCUACAACCAUUCAUUUGAAGCAAUCACAUGUAUCUACCUCUGAUAUCGCCAUUUUACCACUAUAUUCCAGUCACCAAUGGCUAGUCGACUUCACCGUUUGUGCUUCUUGUGUAUAUUUAAUUAACGAAGUAGCCUAUAAUUGUAUCAUACCAUGGUAUGAGGGUUUUGACCAAAAUCAAACAACACUAUCACAUGCUAGCUCAAAACAAGAUUCUCCUUAUCCCAUAUCUCUCAAUGUGCGUAUCAAUUUGAGUCUAGUUUGGAUGACUUUAAGCCUUUGGUUCACCAUUCGCACUCUCGUUUCCUUAACAGCAAUAUACUUUCAACCUAAAAAUGAUGCCACAAAAAUCGAAUCUCAAUCUCCUAAAUUCACUAUAAGUACAGCACUUACAAACACACCUUCAGGUGAAUGUAUACUCAUCCUUGCAGCUGGCUUUUUCUUCCUUGUUGCUGCAACCUUAUUUCUUUCUCUUGAUGGGACUUUGGUUGACUUUGGUCUUCAAGCUGCUUACGGGAAUUUAACUUUCGGAGAAUUCUCAUCUUCUAGAACUCCAAUUAUUAGCUGGGGUGCAUUUCACUUCAUUCUAGCUGUUAUAGCCUGUAUAAUUGGUUCACUGUUUGUUUAUCCAGGAAUAAAAUUUGGAAAGAUAUACUUGGACACAGUUAAACAAUGUCCAAUGUCAGUAAUCAAACGUAUCAUACUACAUUUGAAUUUCAUAUGUCCAAUAAUUCCUAUCUUACUUUGGCUUAUUCCAAUCACUGAUCAUAUUUCUAAUUCGUUGAUUACGCUUACGCAUAGUAAUUCAUUGAUUGAGAAACCUUUUCUUAUCACAAUUAUCAACUUUGUAUCUAAUCUAUUCAUGAAACAUUUGGAUAGUAUUCGACUAAUUGUAUCUUUGGCAGUUGUACUCUUUCGUCUUUCCACUGUUCGUUGGACAUUACAAGCUUACUUAAAUUCUGCCCAGGAUAAACUGGAUAGGUUUACUCAUGAAGCAGGACAAACUUCAAAUAAAGAAGUACAACGAUUAGUUGCAAGUAUAUUUUAUUGUUUAAACCUAGUCGCUUUACAGUAUAUUUCACCAUGUUUUCUUUUCUUAUGUCUUUUAUGCUUAUAUAAAAAUCUAUCAGGUCUAUCAUGGUUACCUUAUGAUUAUCAUCACCAACAAUAUAUAUAUUCUUCUGAUACAUUGAAUGUAUUACCAUCUUUUGUAUCGAAUAUUCAAAAUAAUUUGACUAAUUUUUUCCUAACUGAUUUCAUGAAUCAAAAUAAUUUCACUUCAUGGUCAACUGUAUUUAUGCAAGCUAGAUAUAUCUUUAGUCAAAUAAUGGAUCAUUUCUUAUUUCAUGGAAUGAUUAUUGCACGUGGCAUAUUUGGAUUUUUAGUUUGGUGGACGUUAACUAGUUGGCAAUUAAUGUGUUUUUUAGGUUUAGCUUAUCAUCGAUUUGCAAAUGAAUAAAAACUACAGUGAAAUUAGACUUAUUCUCUGUCAAAUUAAAUGAAAUAUCUUUUAUUUUCCUUUUGUAAUUUAGGUCAAUUAACUAACCUUACUUUUUAUACUGUAAUUUAAUUUUAGUAUUAUUGUUGUUACGUUGAUGAUAGUGAUGAUGGUAUUUGUUCCUUUUUAGCAUUUGUUUCCCAUAAAACCAACAAGCAUACCCCCCCUCUUUUUCCCUCUACGUAUAUAUAUAUAUAUAUAUAUAUAUAUAUAUAUAUAUAUAUAUAUAUAUAUAUAUAUAGUUUCUUUUCAAUAAACGUUCUCCUAUUUUCAUGCUUUGCUCUUCUUCAUUUUCCUUCGUAGAUUAAAAUAUGUAGAAUAUUAUUAUUGUAUACACAUGUUUAACCGUUUG